ACAAGAGAUACUUGAUUCCAUUAUGUGUGCGUCAGCCAAAUACAACACCCGGGGUCCAGCCCUCAUCCCAAGGAUGAAAACCAAGCACCGCAUCUACUACAUCACUCUCUUCUCCAUAGUUCUGCUUGGCCUCAUUGCCACAGGAAUAUUCCAGUUCUGGCCUCACUCCAUUGAGUCAUCCAGUGACUGGACCGUUGAAAAACGCAGUGUCCAUGAUGUGCCUGUGGUCAAGCUUCAUGCUGACAGCCCCAUUCCUGAGCGGGGAGACCUCAGCUGCAGGAUGCACACCUGCUUCGAUGUCUAUCGCUGUGGCUUCAAUCCCAAAAACAAAAUCAAGGUGUACAUCUACUCACUGAAGAAGUAUGUGGAUGAAUAUGGGACCUCGGUGAGCAACACCAUUUCCAGGGAAUACAAUGAGCUCCUGACUGCCAUAUCUGACAGUGAAUUCUACACUGAUGAUGUGAACCGGGCCUGCCUUUUUGUGCCAUCCAUAGAUGUCCUCAAUCAGAAUGCACUCCGUAUCAAGGAGACAGCUCAGGCUUUGGCACAGUUAUCCAGGUGGGAUCGAGGCACAAAUCACUUGCUCUUCAAUAUGCUGCCUGGAGGGCCACCAGAUUAUAACACUGCCCUAGAUGUUCCUAGAGAUAGAGCUCUGCUGGCUGGUGGAGGCUUUUCCACAUGGACUUACCGGCAAGGCUAUGAUGUCAGUAUUCCUGUUUACAGCCCCUUGUCAGCAGAGGUGGAUCUGCCAGAAAGAGGACCAGGUCCUCGCAGGUAUUUCAUCCUGUCAUCUCAAAUGUCUCUGCACCCAGAAUACCGGUCUGAAUUGGAAGCACUUCAAGCUGAGAAUGGGGAAUCAGUGUUGAUCCUAGACAAGUGUACAAACCUGUCUGAUGGGGUCCCUUCUGUUCGUAAACGCUGUCACAAGAAUCAGGUCUUUGAUUAUCCUCAAGUGCUUCAGGAGUCUACAUUCUGUGUCGUUCUACGUGGUGCCCGCCUGGGACAGGCUGUGCUGAGUGAUGUUCUUCAAGCUGGCUGUGUCCCAGUGAUCGUUGCAGACUCCUACAUUUUACCUUUCUCUGAGGUUCUGGACUGGAAGAGGGCCUCUGUUGUCAUCCCUGAAGAAAAGAUGCCUGAAAUGUACAGUAUUCUGCAAAGUGUCCCCCAGCGACAGAUUGAAGAGAUGCAAAGACAGGCAAGGUGGUUCUGGGAAGCAUAUUUUCGAUCGAUGAAAGCAAUCGCUCUUGCUACUCUUCAGAUUAUCAAUGACAGAAUUUACCCAUAUGCUGCUAUUUCUUAUGAGGAUUGGAAUGAUCCCCCAGCUGUGAAAUGGAGCAGUGUGAGCAACCCACUCUUCCUCCCACUGAUCCCACCUCAGUCCCAAGGAUUCACAGCCAUAGUUCUCACCUAUGACCGGGUGGAGAGCCUUUUCCGAGUCAUCACAGAGGUGUCUAAAGUGCCUAGUCUAUCCAAAUUGUUAGUUGUGUGGAACAACCAGAAUAAGAAUCCACCAGAAGAAUCCCUCUGGCCAAAGAUUCGUGUUCCCUUGAAAGUCGUUAGGACUGCAGAAAACAAGCUCAGUAACCGCUUCUUCCCCUAUGAUGAGAUUGAAACAGAGGCAGUGUUGGCUAUUGAUGAUGAUAUCAUUAUGCUAACCUCAGAUGAACUCCAGUUUGGCUACGAGGUUUGGCGUGAGUUCCCUGACAGGUUGGUUGGAUAUCCAGGCCGCCUGCAUCUUUGGGAUCAUGAGAUGAACAAAUGGAAAUACGAAUCAGAAUGGACCAAUGAAGUCUCAAUGGUGCUCACUGGGGCAGCGUUUUAUCACAAGUAUUUCAACUACCUUUACACCUACAAAAUGCCUGGGGACAUUAAGAACUGGGUGGAUGCUCAUAUGAACUGUGAAGAUAUUGCCAUGAACUUUCUAGUGGCGAAUGUCACUGGCAAAUCAGUCAUUAAGGUGACCCCACGGAAGAAGUUCAAAUGUCCGGAGUGCACGGCAAUUGAUGGGUUAUCACUGGACCAGACACACAUGGUGGAAAGAUCCGAAUGCAUCAACAAGUUUGCCUCUGUCUUUGGGACCAUGCCUCUCAAAGUGGUGGAGCACCGUGCUGACCCUGUCCUGUACAAAGAUGACUUUCCUGAGAAACUGAAGAGCUUUCCCAAUAUUGGCAGCUUGUAAAAGCAGCUGUGAGACAAACCCGAGUGAUGAAAACGACAGCUGAAAAGGUGCUAAAAAGGAAUAAAAAGGAAUAUAUGGCCCUGAAGAAAAGAAUCGCUAGAGAGUGGGUUCCAUCUGAGGGAGAUGGGAAUGAAUGUUGUGUUCUGGUAUAUUGUCUUCCUUUUUCACUGCACAGAGAUGUAAUGGAAAGCUGAAAAACUGCUUCUCUUUUGAUCACAGAGGAUUGAAUCUGUUCAUGGUUCCUCCCAGAAAUGCCCCACAUGCACUUUCCUCCAAAGGAGGCUGUAUGCGUCUGGAAGAAUCAAACAGAAUCUCGCUCU